UUCCCAAUUCCGCCACCUCUCUCUCUCUCUCUGCAAAGCUGCCAUUUUUAUCUUCUCUCUUCGCUUCCCUCUCUCGCUCCUCCUCACCUUUCUCUCUCUAGCUUCUCCUCCUCCUCCAUUAGUCCCCACUGCAAACUAAACUAGAUUAUCUCUCUCUCUCUCUCUCUCUCUCUAGCUUUCUCUCUCUAUGCUGCUCGCCUUUUCUUGGGUGUGCUCUGAGCAGGCGGUAUCCGGGGGGGGAGGAGUUCUUGGCUCGCGCUUCUGCUUCUUCCUCCGCGCCCGAGGGAGCUCGGGGGGGGCUGGCCGGCGCGGUAGUUUGAUGUCAAGUGUGGCAGUAUUCCCUUGAACAGGUUCUAAUUGGGAUUAUUUCGUGUUGGCUCCUUUUAGGCUCAAAUUCUAGCCAAUCUAGCGCACAUUAUGACCAGGAACUGUAGGAGGAAAUAGGUAGCCGAGUUGGUGAGCUUGAUAGCUGCUAUUUCUAUGCUGUCUAGUUUCAUUGAAAACAUGGGAUUGCUCUGCAGCAGACACCAUGGGUAUCAUGACGCGGAUGCAGAAGAGAAUGCACAGGCUGUGGAAAUCGAGAGACGGAUUGAGCAAGAAACAAAGGCUGAAAAGCACAUUCAGAAGCUCCUUCUACUUGGUGCUGGAGAAUCAGGGAAGUCUACCAUUUUCAAGCAGAUAAAACUUCUGUUCCAAACUGGCUUUGAUGAGGCUGAACUAAAGAGUUAUGUCCCAGUUAUACAUGCAAAUGUCUAUCAGACCAUAAAAAUACUGUAUGAUGGGUCGAAGGAAUUGGCUCAAAAUGAUGGAGAUUCGUCAAAGUACAUCAUAGCCGAUGAGAACAAGGAAAUUGGAGAAAAAUUGUCGGAAAUUGGAGGCAGGCUGGAUUAUCCACGCCUCACUAAAGAGCUUGCUAAGGAGAUCGAAAGUUUGUGGAAAGAUGACGCAAUUCAGGAAACUUUCACCUGUGGUUAUAGGUUCCAAGUUCCUGACUGUGCUCAGUAUUUUAUGGAGAACCUGCAAAGAUUUUCUGAUGUCAAUUAUGUCCCAACAAAGGAUGACGUUCUCUAUGCCAGAGUACGCACUACUGGUGUCGUAGAGAUCCAGUUCAGUCCUGUUGGGGAAAAUAAAAGAAGUGGUGAAGUAUAUCGACUCUUUGAUGUUGGAGGCCAAAGAAACGAGAGAAGAAAAUGGAUCCAUUUAUUUGAGGGUGUUUCAGCUGUAAUCUUCUGUGCUGCCAUCAGUGAGUACGAUCAGACACUCUUUGAGGAUGAAAACAGGAACCGGAUGAUGGAGACCAAGGAACUUUUUGACUGGGUGUUGAAGCAACCUUGUUUUGAGAAAACAUCUUUCAUGUUGUUCCUAAACAAGUUUGAUAUAUUUGAGAAAAAAGUUCUCAAGGUUCCUUUAAAUGUUUGCGAGUGGUUUAAAGAUUACGAGUCAGUUUCAACCGGGAAACAAGAGAUCGAACAUGCUUAUGAAUUCGUGAAGAAAAAGUUCGAGGAGUUAUAUUACCAGUGCACAGCCCCUGAGCGGAUGGACCGGGUCUUUAAGAUCUAUAGAACGACAGCACUCGAUCAGAAACUCGUUAAGAAGACUUUCAAGCUCGUAGAUGAGACUUUGAGAAGAAGGAAUCUCCUCGAGGCAGGUCUGUUAUGA